UGGCAACUCAGGCAGAGGUAUAUAAAGUUUGGUGGGGAGCUUCUUCAGCAGAGUUCUCACUCGUCUUCACUUCUCUUCACGACUAAACAUGAGGGUUCUGUUCGCCUGUGCUGGCGUGGUGCUUCUGGUGGGCGUGUGCUGUGGGGCGCCCGACCUGUCCUCCCACUCCUCCUUCAGCAACGGUAAUGGAAGGAACGGCCACGGAGGAAACGGAGGCAACGGAGGAAACGGGGGUGGAUAUGGAAGCAACGGAGGAAGCAACGGUUUUGGCAGCAACGGCAGCAACGGAGGCUACGGCGGUUCCACCGGUGGGUUGAACGGUGGUUCCAACGGCGGCUACGGAAGCAACGGAGGAAAUGGAAUAAACGGAGGAGGAAACGGAGGUUAUGGCAAUAAUGGAGGAAACAACGGAGGAUAUGGAAGCAAUGGAGGAAGCAACGGAAGAACAGCCACAGGUUUUGCUGUCUUUAACCUCGGGGCGCCUCUGAGCAGCGGUUCCAACGGCGGCUACGGCAGUUCCAACGGUGGCUCUAACGGAGGCUACGCUGGUUCCAACGGCGGUUCCAAUGGUGGUUUCAACGGUGGUUCCAACGGCGGCUAUGGUGGUUCCAAUGGUGGUUUCAACGGCGGUUCCAACGGCGGCUUUGGUGGUUCCAAUGGUGGUCUCAACGGUGGUUCCAACGGCGGCUAUGGUGGUUCCAAUGGUGGUUUCAACGGCGGUUCCAGCGGCGGCUAUGGUGGUUCCAAUGGUGGUACCAACGGUGGUUCCAACGGCGGCUAUGAUGGUUCCAAUGGUGGUUUCAACGGUGGUUUCAACGGAGACUCCAACGGCGCCUAUAGCGGCUCAAACGGUGGCUCCAACGGUGGUUUCAGCGGAGGAUAUGGCAAGUAAAACAAUUGAUCCCAAAUAACAAACACGUGACAGGAAGAUGAAUGAGAAAAACUACUGUAAACCCCUCCCCCCCACUCCCUCUCUCUCUCUCUCUCUCUCUCUCUCUCUCUCUCUCUCUUAGAUAAAAGUCAAGUUUUUUUUUAUUAUUCAUAUAUUUAUUUUUUCUUCUACAUAAUUUAUUGCUUGCUUCUCUCCCUUCCUCUCCCACUCUUCUUUAAUAGGCAUCUCUUCCUUCCCCUCUCCCUCUCUCUCUCUCUCUCUCUUCAUUGUGUGUGCCUGUGUGUGUGCGCCCCUACGUGUGUAUCAGUGCCAGCCGUGUAAACAUUUCCGAUGGCGAAGACGAGUCAAUAUUAAAAUGAUCAACAAA